AUGGCGCCAUUCGAGAAGAAAAGAAAGACUGGUCCCACCAAUGAUUCAUUUAUGCGAUCGAAAAAAGCUUCGGAAUCCGAUGAUCGACCUUCGAAACGACCAAGAGCGGGAGAGAAAGAGGGUACAAGUACAUCUACCACAAAAUUACCUCCAGCGACCAAAAUAUCUCGGCCUAAGGAGGAAGAAGUCGCAUUUCCAAGAGGUGGUGCAAGUGUUUUGACCCCAUUGGAGCAUAAACAAAUUCAGAUUGAUGCUACUAGGGACGUUUUAUUCGAACAAUAUGGAGCCAAACCUUCCAAGCCCGAUGGAGAAGUUCAAGAGGGCGAGGAUACUUCAAAAGUAAAGAAGAAGGGAAAGGGUAAAGGCAAGGGUAAAAAGGCAGCUCAAGAUACCGACGUCGAAGAAGAGGCCGUCAAGAUUGAAGGAUUGAGCUAUAAAAGAUUAGUGCCUGGCUCUUUGGUACUUGGCCAAGUGUCACAGAUCAAUGCUACAGAUAUUGCUCUAUCACUACCAAAUAAUCUGACGGGAUAUGUGCCCAUUACUUCAAUUUCCGACAAGGCUACGGAACGGAUUGAGGCGAUCGCGGCGGCCGAGGAAGAUGAUGUGGAGGACGAGCUCGAGGUGCAGGAUAUUGAUUUAAAGAAGAUGUUCUCAAUGGGACAGUACCUCAGGGCAUAUGUUGUUUCUACCAGCGAUGAUACAAACACUGCCACGCUGGGAAAAGGUAAAAGGCGAAUCGAAUUAUCCCUCCGACCGCAGCAUGCCAACAACGCCGUCACUUCACAGAAUCUCAUUGCCAACACCACUUUAAUGGCAUCUGUUACAAGCGUCGAAGAUCAUGGCUUAAUCAUGAACAUUGGACUUGAAGAUUCUGGUAUUCGUGGUUUCAUGGGCGCAAAAGACAUCGGCCACGAAGUCGUGUUGGCGGAUGUGCAGGAAGGCGCCGUGUUUCUGUGCAUGGUCACUGGCCUCAGUUCCAAUGGAAAGACAGUCAAAUUAUGCGCCGACACUCAAAAGAUUGGCAAUUUGAAGAAAUCAAAUUAUCUCACAGAUGCCCCAACGGUGGAUGCUUUUCUCCCGGGAACGGCGGUCGAGAUAUUGAUUGUUGAUGUCAGCUCAAGGGGCGUCACUGGAAAAGUCAUGGGUAUGGUCGAUGUUACUGCAGAUUUGAUGCAUUCGGGCACUGGUGUAAUGAACCAAGAGCUAGAAAAGAAAUUCAAGAUUGGUGCCAAGGUUAGAGGCAGAGUCAUUUGCACUUUUCCAAAUUCUGACCCUCAGAAACUUGGUGUCUCUCUUCUUGACCAUGUUGCAUCGCUGUCCCCCCAGCAAGCAGGAAAACCGGGAAACAAAGUAGAUCCACUCGACGCCUUGCCUUUGUCUGCCAUCAUAGAAGAAGUUACAAUCAAAAAAGUCGAGUCUGGAGUUGGUCUUUUUGUGGACGUGGGAGUUAAGGGUAUCCCUGGCUUUGUCCAUAUCUCUCGAGUGAAAGACGGCAAGAUAGAGACUUUGGAGGAGACAACAGGCCCCUAUAAAGUAGGGUCGGUUCACCGAGGUCGCGUGCUUGCCUACAACUCCCUCGACGGUGUAUACCUUGUUUCUCUGGAAAAAAGCGUUCUGGAACAGGCUUAUCUGCGGAUUGAGGAUUUAAAGGUUGGUGAGGUUGUGAAAGGGAAGGUUGAGAAGCUCAUUGUCAACGCAAAUGGUUUCGGCGGACUACUAGUUAAUUUGGCAGAAAACAUCUCUGGACUCGUGCCGGAAACUCAUUUGGCGGAUGUGCAAUUGCUUCACCCCGAAAAAAAAUUCAAGGAAGGCAUGUCCGUCACAGCACGUGUUCUAUCCACAGACCCUGGAAAAAGACAGAUUCGGUUGACACUCAAAAAGACACUCGUCAAUUCCGAAUCGCCUGCUUUCACCUCGUACGAUGGCAUAAUCGUUGGAAUGCAAAGUCCAGGUACUAUUGUAAACAUCAUGAACACAGGUGCGGUCGUCCAAUUUUACGGCAACAUUCGAGGAUUUUUGCCUGUCUCCGAAAUGAGCGAGGCCUACAUUCAGGAUCCCAGUCAGCAUUUCAAGGUUGGACAAGUCGUUAACGUUCAUGUUUUGAAGGUUGAUCCCGAGUCUCAGAAAUUAACGGUCUCCUGCAAAGAUCCCUCCGUUUUCGGGCUAGCACAGCAAAAUGCGUUGAAGAAUCUCAAAAUUGGCGAGAUUUUGUCUGCUCUCGUCAUAGAAAAGUCGAACGACGACAUUUCUGUUGAAAUCCAAGGACUAGGUCUGAAAGCAACACUACCUGUUGGUCAUCUUACCGAUGGAUCGGAGAAUAAAAGCCGUUCUUCUUUCAAGAAUAUUCGAGUCGGCCAGGUAUUAACAGAUCUUGCUGUAUUGGACAAACAUGAACAGAGACGUUUGAUCGUCUUGACGAAUAAGCCAGCACUUGUCAAAGCUGCUCAGAGCAAGACUUUAUUGAGAUUGUUCGAUGAUGUGAAGAAGGACAGGACUGUGCACGGUUUCGUUAAAAAUAUAACCUUGACUGCAGUGUUUGUACAGUUUGGAGGCGGGCUCACUGGACUUCUACCUAAGAAUAUGAUACCCGAAAAGAAUCUUCGUUUACCAGAUUUUGGAUUCAAGAAAUGGCAAACAGUAGAAGUUAAAGUCAUCAAGAUCGACAAUGGACUGCGGAGAUUUCUUUUAUCUCUGGCUGAUGCUACUUCUGACAAGAAACCUCAAGAAAGUUUAGCCCCCGGUACCAAUCAGGACGCCGUAAACCCUGUUGAUGAAACCAUCAAGAGCAUUGAUGAUAUCACUCUGGGCCGACUUACGAAAGCAAGAAUAUCUUCCGUGAAGGAUACCCAGGUAAAUGUACAGCUCGCCGACAAUAUUCAAGGUCGAAUUGAUGUGUCGCAAGCUUUUGAUUCUUGGUCAGAGAUAAAAUCCAAGAAGCAACCUCUGAAGUCAUUCUCUCCGAAGCAGAUCAUCGAUGUUCGCGUUUUAGGCAUACAUGAUGCGCGUAACCAUCGUUUCCUGCCUAUCAGUCACAGAUCUGGCAAGACUCUGGUCUUUGAACUGUCCGCUAAGCCCAGUGAUCAAACCGAGGCUGCCCAGGACCCCGUAUCUUUGGAUAAAAUUAAGCUUGGCUCUUCUUGGUUAGCAUUUGUCAACAAUGUUGGAGCCGAUUGUCUUUGGGUUAAUCUAUCUCCUAAUGUCCGUGGCCGUAUCAGCGCCCUGGAUGUAUCAGAUGAUGUAUCAUUGCUCAAGGACCUGGAAGCAAACUUUCCCAUUGGAUCUGCCAUCCGGGUUCACGUCAAGGGCGUGGAUGUUGAAACGAAUCGUCUAGAUUUGUCUGCUCGCUCUAGUCAAGAUUCUGAGGCCCUUACUUUUGAUAGACUAAGCAAAGGCAUGAUCGUACCAGGAAAGGUAACCAGAGUCAAUGAACGACAGGUCAUGGUACAAAUUACUGAUAGCAUAUCUGCGCCCAUCAAUCUUACGGAUCUUUGCGACGAUUUUUCGGAAGCUGAUCCCUCAAAGUACUCUAAGAAUGACAUCGUUCGGGUUUGCGUCACUGAUCUCGAUAUUCCCAACAAACGUGUGCGGUUGUCAACUCGAGCCUCUAGAGUGAUGAACUCCUCGGCGGCGGUCCAAGACGCAGAGAUAUCAUCAAUCUCGCAAUUGAAAGUAAAUGACAUUGUGCGUGGAUUUGUCAAACACGUCGCUGAUAAAGGGCUUUUCGUCAAUUUGGGUGGUAAUGUGACAGCAUAUGUUCGAAUUUCGGACCUUUCAGAUUCUUACAUUAAAGACUGGAAAUCGGAAUUUCAAGUCGACCAGUUAGUCAAAGGUAAGGUCACAGUUGUUGAUGAAGUUUUGAACCACAUUCAACUGAGUCUUAAACCUUCCGUUAUCGACAAAGAUUACAUUGCGCCUCUGACAUUUAACGAUAUCCACGUGGGCCAAGUUAUUACCGGAAAAAUUCGUAAAGUCGAGGAUUUUGGUGUCUUUAUUGUCGUCGAUGGCUCAGCAAAUGUGAGCGGCCUUUGUCACCAAAGUGAAAUGGCCGAAAAGCGUGUUCACGAUGUCAAAAAAUUGUACUCCGACGGCGAUGAAGUCAAAGCUAUCGUAUUGAAGAUGGACCCCGAGAAGAAACGCAUCAGUUUCUCCAUGAAGGCUUCACACUUUGAGGACGGAGAAGAGUCUGACGAUGGGAGUGAGGAUGACGGUGUAGAGGGCGUCAAGCUCGAUAACAUGGAUCUCGACGACAAUGAUGAUGAAAGUGAAGGCGGUGUUGAAUUUGAUGAUGUGCAAGAUCUUGAAAGUGCUACGGAAGACGCAGAUGAAGCCUUCGAUUCUGACGAGGAAAUGCAAGAUGUUGGGGAUGAUGUUCCGGCUCUUAGUGCUGGUGGAUUUGACUGGUCUGCUGAUAUCCUAAACCAAGCAGAUGGCCAAUCUAACGCCGAUUCGGAAGAAGAAUGCGUUGAAGAGAAGCCUAAGAAGAACAAGAGAAAGGCAGAAAUCAAGAUCGAUAGAACGGGUGACCUUGAUGCCAACGGACCGCAAUCUGUCAGUGACUUUGAGCGUCUCCUUUUAGGUCAGCCAGACUCUUCCAGUCUCUGGACCCAGUAUAUGGCUUUCCAGAUGCAACUCAGCGAGCUAGGCAAAGCUAGGGAGGUCGCCGAGCGUGCCAUCAAGACUAUUAAUAUGCGUGAGGAAACCGAGAAGCUCAACAUUUGGCUUGCUCUUCUCAAUCUGGAGAUUGCAUAUGGAAACGAUGAAACCGUUGAAGAAGUAUUUAAACGAGCUUGUCAGUACAAUGACGCCCAAGAGGUUCAUGAGAGAUUGGCUAGUAUCUACAUUCAGUCGGGCAAAAACGAGAAAGCCGACGAACUAUUUCAAACUCUUACCAAGAAGUUUUCACAAUCUCCUACCGUAUGGGUCAAUUAUGCACACUUUCUUUUCAACACUCUCGGAUCGCCUGAUCGCGGCCGUGCUCUCCUUGCACGUGCAACCCAGUCGCUUCCUCCACACACACAUCUUCCUUUGACGCUCAAGUUUGCUGCUUUAGAGUUCCGCUCUGAACACGGUUCUCCAGAACGUGGGCGCACUAUUUUUGAGGGCGUUUUAGCGAAAUGGAGCAAAAGAUUGGACAUCUGGGGCCAGCUUUUGGAUCUGGAAAUCAAGGCGGGCGAUGCGGCCAUUGCCAGGGGGAUCUUCGAGCGCGUGACUCGAAUCAAGGGGUUGAAACCGAAGGGUGCGAAGGGGUGGUUCAAACGAUGGAGUGAGUGGGAGGAGGUAAAUGGUGACAAAAAGUCCCAAGAGAGAGUAAGAGCCAUUGCCGAGGAGUGGGUCAGGAGUAAGUCCGAGAGGAAGGAUGAUCAGGAUUGA